CACUGCUAGGCAUUGACUGGCGCAACCGCUGGGCACUGACUGGUGGCACUGACUGGCAGCACUGCUGGGCUGCACUGAUGGGCACAGGUGGGUGGCACUGCUGGGCACAGGUGUGUGGCACUGCUGGGUGGCACAGGUGGGCGCACUGCUGGGCACAGGCGGGUGCACUGCUGGGCACAGGUGGGUGCACUGCUGGGCACCCUGAUGAUCGGUGCUGAUCCCUGCUCUGACAACUGCCGGUUCUCGGCAGUACUUUCCUCACGUUCUGACACGUGUCAUUGGACACGGCUAAUCACGUGGUAAAAGGCCGCUGUG